CCGCAAUAGUUGCUAUAAAAAAUGGCCUCAACAUCUGCCUCGGAAAAACCCUCAGUUUCUAAUGUGGAAGAAAACAGAAGUCGCCUGUGCAGUGAGUUUGCGGCCAUUACAGGAGCUGAUAGCGCGGUGGCUCAGUGCUACCUGGUGGAAAAUGAGUGGGAGAUGCAGAAAGCUAUGAACUCAUUCUUUGAGGCUGAUUUGGAGAACGUAUUUGAAGAAGACAUGUCAGAAGACAGUGAGAGCAGCUCCAAAAGAAAGAGACAGAAAAUGGAGGAAAAACCUCCAGCAGAAUGGUUAGUCUCCUGUCUUCUCUCCAGGCAUUAGCCGCUUUCACAGUACUGUCACCGUU